GUUCAAACCCGGAAACGGAAAUCCACAAGCUGUGUUGAUAAACCCGGACCGCUAGCUUUUCGUGCUAACGUUGCUCGCAGGCUCCUUUGAAGGAUUUCACCAUCAUUUAUCUUCUUAUUUGUGCGGUUGUGUUUGUGAUAAGACUACAUUUGUGCCUCGUUGAUCGCUAAUGUAUAAUAUUAAACUUUAAUACAUGAACGCGGCUCAGUAGACGCCUAGCUGCAGAGCAGGUUGGUGCAUCUUUGAUCAAAUAUUGCUGUAUAGAAAACCUUGUUAUUCUUUAUUGUUCUUACUGUGGUUUGGUUUGGUUUGUUCUGAUACACUUUGUUCAGUUGAGUUUUAUAGUGCAGUCUGUUUAUCCAGAGUGACCUAAAGUGCUUUUAAAGUGAUAAAUGUAACCUCUUUGUUCGUUAUAAUGGAUCUGUUUACACAGUAACAGAGGGUGAUCAUGGCGGACCCUGCGAGAAUCAAACCUGAAGUCACACCUGAGAGAACAGCAGCAGCAUCCUCCAACGAAGAGCAUCCUGAUAUAAAAACAGAGGAAACCGAGACUGGAUCUACCUCUGUGAAACCUGCACAUGACAACAAAGAGUCAACAUCGCAUGAUCAGCCUAAACAGGAGCAGAAACCCGUGAGUUAUAGACCUCAUUUAAUGAUCAAAGUCAGUAAAACCAGUGGCUUUUUCUUCAUAAUGCCAUCUUUAAGCUCCUUGGAGAAACUCUGGGUUUCCAGUGACCAAGUCCAACUUCUUAUCUGAACUUCUCCUUUACAUCACAGGGAGUUUCUGACCCCCCAAUUUUUUUUUAUUUCACCAGGUUUGUCCCAUUGAGAUCUGAGAAUACAGAAUAAAUACAGAAUAAAAAUGUGAGGAAUCAUCAGUUAAAACAGAGACAUUCUGAGAGUUUGGACUCCAGCCUUUUAACUGCAGAUUUAAAAACAGUCAAAGGUUUAUAUUCAGUCUGCAGGAUUAUUCCAUCAGUUUGGACUCUGGGGACAACAAACUGUAUAAAUCUAAUGAUCUCAGGUUGUGUAAUCCAUCCUUUAAGAUCAAUAAGGAGGAGAGAUAGUCAGGAAUUUGUCCAAGAAUGCCUUUGUAAAAGAAAACGUACCAAUGACCGAGCCAACGAGUACUUAAAGAAGUCCAACUGACUUUGGAGUAUAAAGUACAGCGAUGCGUUAAAAAUCCACAAUUUGUUAUAAAUCUCAGAGCUCCAUUGGAGACACUGCCCAACAUUUGCAGAUCUCAUCUCUAUGUAAUCAACUUAGUUAUUGUUUUAGAGAGAGAGUGAAUAAUCUGUUGAAUCAGGAUGUUUUUCACAUCUGAAGGAUGACAGAUACCUGCUGGUGUUUGAACUUUAUUAUGGUGUAUUUAAAAAUACGGUCUAAUAUUAAUUCUGACAGUGAUGUUCUUUAACCUAUAAAGAUACCAAGUGUUUUUUUUUUUUUACUAUACAUUUAUGAAAGGCCUGGCUGGUUGCUGACUAAGGUAAUUGUGUGUAUUAAAUUGCCAUAUUCAUACAGUGGUUGUAAUUGUAAAACUGUUAUAUUUCAUCAAAUAACAAAAGGAAACAACACUGUGAAAGCACUCUUUACUUAUUGUUAAAAACAUCAGCUAUUGAAAUAUGAUUUCCACCAGACUAGACACUUGACCACUAGUUUCUUCAGAUUUGCUGUUAGAAAUUUAAUCAAAGACUGUUUCAGCAGUGUGGUGUAAAUUGCCUGGUCAGCUUGUGUGUCAUAACACCAACUUACCCCCAAAAAACAAACACCCCCUACAUGUUAUUUCCCCAGCUGUGUGAUGAAUACCAUGUUCUGCUUUGUUAAUAGAUUUUUGGUGUUUCUGCACUUUCUUCUUCUCCUUUCCCAGAAGUUAUUAAGUAUAGAAUAAGCAAGCAAGCUGCCUUACUACUUUUAGGAUAUUCUUAGAGAAGUCCCCUUACCUUUUUUAGUCCCUCUAUAUUCUAAUGACUACUAGAUUUUUUUGUGCUGUGGGUUUUAAUUUCAAAAGAGCGUCUUUUUAGUAGUGUUUGUCUCGUUCCAUGAAGGAAACAGUUGCUGGGGAAGAUGAAGAUGAAGGAACUUCUGGCCAACCUGCAUCCAAAAGACUGAAGGUGGAACCAGAAAAGAAAAAGGAGAAGCGCCACAAGGUGGAUGAAGAUGAAAUACAAAAGAUGCAGUAAGGCUGAGAUUGUAAAAGACAAUAAUAUAUAUAUUUUUUAAAGUCUAAUCUCCGGCUGAGAUGAUCCUCACCCUGUUUUCAUCUUGUGUCUUGCAGGGUUUUGGUGUCGUCCUUUUCUGAAGAGCAGCUGAAUCGCUAUGAGAUGUACAGACGUUCUGCCUUCCCUAAGGCUGCUAUUAAGAGGGUAAGGUUUUAGAAUCAUGUUAAGUGUUUUUAAAUCUCUUACACUUUUAUUUUUAUUUACACAAAGUUUUUCUUUCCAGCUGAUCCAAUCCAUAACAGGGUCUUCAGUGUCCCAGAAUGUGGUGAUUGCAAUGUCUGGUAUUGCCAAGGUUUUCGCUGGGGAGAUAGUUGAGGAAGGUGAGUGUCAGACUUCAAAACAGUUAAAAAUAAAUGUAUUGUUUUUAUUUCUACUACUCUGAAACAGCUGAAAAUUGACCACCAUGUACUUAAAUACUUUCCUUUGAUCUUUGCAGCGUUGGACGUUUGUGAGAAGUGGGGAGACACACCACCGCUGCAGCCCAAGCACAUGAGAGAAGCAGUGAGGAGGCUGAAGAGUCGAGAUCAGAUCCCAAACUCUAAGUACAAACAAAUCCUCUUUCAUUGAGGAGAAUGUCAGCAGUGAGAUGGUUUUAGUACCAUUCAGUGAAGCUCUAUUGCUGGCUGCUUCCUACUACUUUAACCAGAUAAGAACAAAGACUGUGAUAUCAAAGAACAGUUGAAAAAUCUCAGCGCUCCCACCUGUCAUUAACCUGUCUGUGUAAAGGAAGUUCGAUAGGCCACACAGUUCCUUUGUUGUAACUUUACUCAUUUUGGUUGUAAAUAAACUUCAUUUUAUACUUCAAAGUGUAGCAUGAUUGUUGUCAUCAUUCACUUACAGUGGAUAUAAAAAGUCUACACACCCCUGUUCAACUGCCAGGUUUUAGUAAUGUAAGAUAAUGACGGCAAGAUAAAUAUUUUAAUCACAGGAGAUGCCCUCGCAAUCUGUCAGAUUUGGAGCGGUUUUGCAAAGAAGAGUGGGCAAAUAUUUCCACAUCAAGAUGCGCCACGCUGAUAGACUCCUACCCAAAAAGACUGAGUGCUGUGAUAAAAGCCAACGGUGCUGCAACAAAGUAUUAGUUUAAGGGUGUGCAUAUUUAUGCAACCAGGUUAUUUUAACGUUUCUAUUUUUUAUUUUUCCCCUUAAAGAUUUCUGUUUGUCUUUCAUUGGUGUUGUACAGGUUAUAGGUCACAUUAAAGGUGGAAGAAGUUGUGAAAUUAUUGAUCUUGAUUUAGUUUUUUUACAUGACAAAAACCUUGCAGUUGAACAGGGGUGUGUCGACUUUUUAUAUACAUUUUAUAUAAGAAGCUUGCUCAUUAAAAGACAGUGUGUAACUGAAAACAUGAAUUUUCAAUGAAACUAAAAGGCACAACUGAAUUGUGUUCAGCAAUUAAUCAUUUAUUCUCUCAUUUUUAAAAUAUCGUACACAUACUAGCUUUGGUUCACAGAACCAGUUUAAAAUUAGUCUCAAUGAAGUGAUAAAGACAUUACAAAACCCAAUGCAACUCCACAUAACUGACAAAAAUACUGUCCACAAAGUCUCCCGACAUUUGCAUCACCUCAGAAGAUCUCACAAGGACCCUUCUGCAAGCCAAGAAGUGACUAUAAGUGCAAUUUCCAGUGAAUGUAUCACACGAGUGCAAAUAAUUCACACAGCAGAAACUAUACAACAUCACUUCAGAACAUGCAUCUGCUUUCUGUAGGCUCUCAUAAUGAAAAAAAAAAGAAAAAUCACUGGUCUUAAAGUGAGUCUUGCUUGUUUCUCUAUCAAUCUCCUCAUUUUGCAAAAAUAAGAGCAGAUUGAACUCAGAGCACCGGUUAGUCAACAAAACAUAGUUGCUACUUAAGAGACCUGACUCAGGAGAGAGGGGUAAACUGAAACAGCUACAUGUUUAACCCAGCAUGGGAAGAUCAGUAUUGUUUUUAGAGUAUCUUUUUAUCCAUUUAAACCAUGCAAAACACCAACAUCGAAAACUGAAAAAUAGUUCACAAGUGUAAGUGAUACUGAGGCUAAAGGGCAGUAUCUCUGCUUUAAAACACAGAUGAAGUGAGAAUGUACUGAGUCUGCAUGCAGUUGAACAGCCAAAGUCAGGUAGAUCAUUUUUUCUUUGAUAUUAGUUCACCUGAAAAUGGAAGAGGUCUACAUUAAAAUGUAGUGUUACUGUUUUAAAAAAAAAAGUCUUGGUCAGACCGAAACCGUCUUUCUAUUGCUUAAAUAUUUCACAUUCCUCUUCAAGAAUGCAAAUAUCUCAUUCUUAGCUUGCAAGGCAACCAGUGUUUGAAAAAAGGAGGAAAAGAAUCCAGACGGAGGAGUGUAAUAGCAACUAACAACCACCAGGGGUCUCACAAGCACACAGUGGGAAAAUAACCAAAGAGUGAGGGUUGUAACAGCUUUACAACCACUAAGAUGGAUAACCAGGACUCGAAGGCAAAAUGCUGAACCACUGAUUUCACAAUCGAACUUUUGUGCAUAAAAAGUUGCUCAUAGAGACAAACUUCUCUUUAAAGAAUUCAUUACAUGAAUAUUAUACUGUUACAGUCUUUGUGAUGAACAAAUCCAUCAUUGUUUGAAUCUGUGCAUAACAAAUAUAUGCACGGGAAAUAGAAGGUAGCAGAUAUCUUUAUCUGGCAAGUGGCCUGAUAGAAAACACUUUCAUCAAAUCAGGAAUAAACACUGAAAAAUAUCAGCUUUUGUAACGAGUUUGGUCGUCUAUAAUACACUGUGUAUGUGUGCAUACAUUAUAAGUACCACUGACUUUUAACAUGACAUUUUCUUUGAUCAAUAUGGCUUAAAUACUGUAUAAUAAUAAUAAUAACAAAACAUACUGUAAGAAACCUAAAUAAAUAUAAACAAGUAAAAUAAUACCCAGAAUGAGUCUUUAGUUCAGGAUGUGCACUGAAGUAGCAAUACUAGCAGUCGGACUUGUUUCCUAGCGGGCUAAAAAACAAGUUUUAAGGAGAUCAAGUGUAUAACUGUGGUAGCUGGUAUAAUCCUUCCAAACUUCUCAAAACUAAAGAGUUAGUGUGGAAAAAAGAAGAAUAAUUCUCUUAUAAAACCUAAGCUGCUCAACCUGCUCUCCCCCCAGCUGAGGUGGGGGAAAAACUGAAAAGGCGUGUCAUCAUGAGUGAACAUUCGACCGCAGAGCACGUUGUUUCACAGUACGAAAGCAGCAUGAUCAACAUUUCACAACACAAAAAGUAAAAAUGUAACACUGGGAAUGAUUCAACCUGCUUUUGGAGAAAGGUGAUAAGAGUGUGUAACUAUCCUCCCCCCCCCAGAGUGAUAAAGCAGUUGAGGUGGAGAACUGAGUCUCUCUUUGAAAGCCGUGUUCCUCUGCCUCUUUCUUCUUCUUUUUAAUAAUAAUAAAAAUAAAAAGUGCAUUGUUUUCCCUACCUUUCACAACACAUGUCCAACUUCUAACAUCUGAUACUGUUUUUUUUAAACUGAAAACACACCUAAUGAGAGCGGUCAGUCUGUCUGUCACUAAAUCUAAUGAGCUAUAUGUAAAUUAGCACUGUUCACGAAGCAUGCUUGACAGAAAGUUGUGUUUUUUAUGGAGAAGGAGCAGCUGUCUGGCAGUAGAAGUGCAUGUGAAGAGGAGGUUUUGGCAUGUGCACAACUUAAAGUUACUGUAACACAAAUACUGAAGUAAAGCUUGAUGAUAUUUACCCUUGCAUGCUGUGUAACAAACACUGAAACCACACGACAACUUCACUGUUCACACUGAUUUGGAUGAGAAAGAAGCAGAAUGAUUAGUGAGGAGUAUCUAAACUGCCAGAUAAAGAGUAGUACCAUUAAUGAACCUCUAAGUUAGUUCACUAGGUUCCCCUUCUUAGUAACAGUGAUUACAGGGGUUCGUUUUUAUUCUCAUGAACAGUGUAUGAGCUGGAAGUGAGCCGAAGCUGCGACUCAACUCCUCUUCUCGAACAUGUCCACACCUGCUUCGAGUGAGUCUCGCUGGUUCCUGACACUCAGCCUGAUCCCGUCACCGUGUCCCAGCAGGAGAGGUCUAACAAGAGGGUCAGAUGAGAAAAGACCGGAGAGACUCAGAGGGUAAACGUGGGGUCGUACUUCCUGACUUCCAGAAGGAGGCGUUCUCUGUCAGUGAGGGCCCGGGUGAGAGCGGUCUGAGUUGCAGAGAGCUGGGACUCCAGGACUUGAAUCUGGAACAGCAGGAUUAUUGGAUCGGUUAGUCGAAAAUUGCAGCUACGGUUUUUGGCUAGAUGCUACCGGGUAAAGUGGAGCAGAUAUCAGAUUCUGAGAGACAGCAGCAGGUGUAAUUAGAACUCCAUUACACAAUCUUGUGACUAGUAACAGGACCCAGUGUAACUGCUGUAUUUAACACAGAUAACUGUGGAUUCAAACAGCUAUAAUUUCAAGACCCUGACCUCUAGAUAAAAGAAAGUAAAGACACAGAAAUCCUUCUGACGGAAUAACACAGAACUGUACAUAGCUUUAUGUCUGGAACAGUGCUGGUUUACAUUCAUACACACAAGAGUAAACAAAGAGGUCCUUUUGUUUGACUGCGAUACCAACAGCACCAAAGCUCUGGGGUCAACUACCUCACAUUUUAAAGGAAGGUUAGAAAAAUUUAUACAAUGUUUGGCUACGAAUUUUCAAGAUUUGGGUCUGCAGGAAAACCAUCACUCAUUUUUUCCAACUGUGGUAUAAUUCAGGUAUACAACUUACUACACCCAUGUCUUAGUGUGGAGAGAGGUCAUGGGUGCUACAUUUGAUGAAUAAAGCCAACUUAGCAUCUAUCAAUUUAGUUUUACUUUUUUUUCAAAGAUCAAAUUUAUGUAAAAAAACAAAAAAAGCUUGAUCUCUUUUAUUUAACUAUUUCUGAAAGUGUUGAGCUUUCUAGUCGUUUCAGAUCUGGAGGUAAUAUCUGCUGGCUAUGGGGCCCUGGUUAAGUAGGUAGAGUAUGUGCCCCAUGUAUGUAGGGUCGAGCUCUGUUCCAAGCUUCAUUUGGUGCAUAUCAUUCCAAUCUCUUUCUCACCACCCUUCCUGUUUCCUGACUGCUGUCUCAUCAGAAUAAAACACUUAAACUCCCCAUAUAAUUAUCUGACUGUGAAGGUCUGCUCAUGCAUUCAGCUGAAGCACACAUGUUACUGCUCGGUCCUUCUCACCUCUUUCCUUUGCUGAACCAUGUAGAAACUGUUCAGUUCGCCCACUCCAUCCAAAGAAACACCUGCCAGGGGUCUAGGGUCUGAACCUCCAGCUACAACAGAGCAGGAAACGGUAAAGACGACUUUCUGUUCUGCUUUUUGAUUAUGUAAUUGUGAAAACUCGUGGUUUCUACAGUUAGUUAUCUUGUACAUGUGAAGGAUUGUGGGGCUAAUCCAUAACAGUGAGAAGUAUUACACUUGUAAUUAUGCGCUAACUUCAAGGAGUGUUUUCUCUCGCUCACCUUUGACCCUCAUCAUGCCAUCUUCACCGCGCUCCAGGAGCAGCUUAUCAACAAUGAAUGAGGAUGGGACUGGUUGGGGGGCUGUAGGGUAGAUUUUGGGGCUGUCAUCCUGAAAGAAACAAAGAAUCCUGACAGUAAACCUCCUGAGUCCCACUCUGUAACAUUACAGCUGAUAAGGUGAUGCAAUCGACUCCAUAUGGACUGAAUAAGAGCAGCAGUCUUAAAACGAUAUGAUCCAAGGUCUUGACAGUACCCAAAACCCACCUUAAUAGUGAUGGUUAUGUUGCUCAAGUGUAACUGCAUCAGUUGGCCAUCAACACUGAAUUCAUCCUCCAGAAAAGGGCCAAUGUUAGAGACCGUGGAAGAUAACAGCUCUGCCUUGAAAUCCUGCACUCUGAUAUCCAAGAAGCCCAGGGACUCAGCCAGGGGUGAGUGUCUGGCAGCAGAUGGACCCAUUUCUGACCGCAUGCAGACCGCAGGAGUGCUUCUGCUGCCCUGAUGAUUCUGGGUCUGAACAAAUCGACCUGAAACAGAUAGAAGUAAAUGUAAAAGACUCGAAGGCAUUUGAAAGCAGUCAACAUUUCUAAACUGGAAAUAGAUUAGUCAUCUUUUUAUUUGGGGUUAAAAAGAUGUUUAGGUGUGUGCUGGACCUUUGAGAUCUGGUGAGCCAGUCCAGAGUCUUAGAUUCUGGACAAACCUUCUGGUUGUUCCUAAGUCAAGGCUUAAAUUCUAAAAGAAUGGUGUUUUUGCGAUCUCAGCCCCUCAACUUUUCAGACCUGCCUGAGUAGAUAAAGCUCAAGGAAUUAUUAAAAUCUUUUCCAACUCUUCUUAAUGCUCACUUUUAUAGACCUGAAUAUUCAUUAUGUCCUUUCUUUAUUGCAGUGGUUCUCAAGUCCAGUCCUCGAGGCCCACUGUCCUACAUGUUUUCCUGCUCCAACACACCUGACUCAAAUGAUCAGCUCGUUAUCAAGCUCUGUGCCUAACGAGCUGAUCAUUUGAAUCAGGUGUGUUGGAGCAGGGAAACAUCCAAAACAUGCAGGACAGUGGGCCUCGAGGACUGGACUUGAGAACCACUGCUAGACCUUACUGUCUCUUUAUCUGCAUGGAUGUCUUAGUUUGUCCAUAAAUCUUUCAAAACUCAAAACAAAAUACCUCAAAAGUGUCUCUUUUUUUUUUUGUCUAUUACCUUGUACGAGACCAGCAUGCAGGUCCGCUACCCUGAUGUUGCCCAUCUGCACUGGAGUCAGAUUAUGAGUUUCCACAGCAACGAUUUGGUCUUCUCCCUUUACUUCCAUGGUACAAGCUGUUCCACUUAAGAUCAGCACCAACACAGACGACUGCAACAACAGCACAUCACAAUAACGUCACAACAAAACCACUUUCAAUCAAAGCUGUUUAAAUGUCUACUAUUUAAAUAAAUAUUUUGAUCAGAUGCAGUUACCCACCAAAUCUUGAGACACAUCCUCAGUACUUUGGGAAAGAGAGCUGCUGAGUUCAGCAGACGAACGUCUCUCCGCCCCUGGAACCGCGUUGGUUUGACCCACAGCUGUGUUGUUGGCGCUCAUACACUCUGAAAACAUAAAACAAACUUACAGUAGAUGUUAUCUCUGUAUGGCUGGAAUUGCUUUUGCUACUUUGAGAUUUCGGAGCACCUGAGUCCAUGAGAACAACAAAAUUAUCGCUGAAGUCACUAUGCACGGAGAGAUUCUCCUCCACCAGGCUGCCGUCCAAAAUAGCACUAUCGAAGGAAUGCUGGGAAGGCGACUGCUUCAUGGAUUUGCGUGGGCUGGCAGUCAGGGAGGGGGAGGACUCCUCUGAACGCUGGACCUGUUCCCUGCAAACAAGACAGUUGUUAAGAAACAGCUAUGAAAAGCAUGCGGCGCACAGUAUGGGCUCCAAGAGACACAUCAUUAUGUUGCCAACAGCCCAGCAGGGGAGCACUCGCACUUACUUCGCCUGUUGACUGAACAAUUUGCUCAUCCCUGAGCCCCGACUCAGCAUGCUAAAGGCGUCUUUCGUGAUUGAAAACGCCCCUUUGGUCAGGUCCAGCGAGGCACUGAUGGCAUCUUUGGUCACGUCCUUGGUGACAUUAAUGGCGCUCGACAGCUCUCCCUCCAGGCUGAAGGUGGACGCUUCGCGGGAGAGGACGGGUGAGAGUGCAGGCGAGAGGGUAGGGGUGUCAUCCUGUGUUGCUAAACCAUCCCCCUCCUCCUCAACCGCCUCGAAUGCUUGCUCCACAGGACCUUGUUCGUCUCGAUAAUUCUCAUUGACUGUGCUGACGGAGUAGCCGAUUUCGAUCCCGUUGCUGACUGGGGCGUCUUCUGAAUGAUGAGUGGGGGACAAGUCGGAGUCUGUUAUGCUUGGGCUGUCCGUCUCCGGGGUGUGAGGGACCUCUCCUUCAGCCUCUGAGCACACUGCCGGCAACAGGAGACCCAUUUCUGUGGAGUCCACCAGGAGGGCGAGACAAAGAGUGGUGGGUUUUGUCUUCUUGCCGUGAGCAUGCUUGACGUCUCUCAGAUCUCGGCCCAGUUCUGCCCCUAACCGAGCCAUGGCGUCCCUCAUCCUCAACAGGGCCACAUACUGGUAAUGAUUGAGCCACAUCUUCACUGGAGUGACGGUGUGGGCCAAAAUGUGGAACGAGGCCAAGGAAGAAGUGUCUCCCUGCUCUGGAGGAACCUGCUGGUCUCCGCUCAGACUGGAGGAGGAGGACGGUGAAUUACUCCUGAAGGCAGCCGGCUGACAAAUCCACAGAGACAUGUCGAAGGGUUCAACAAAAGGUUGGGUUCUGCCUUUGGGGAAUCGCCGCGCUCCAUCAAAACCCAAGGUCACACGGGACAGACUGAGGGACCAGACGUCUUGAGAUCGCAGCCUCUUUACGUCCAGAGGUUGGGGCUCUGUCUCUUGAGAAAGCUCGAGGAAAGUGGACGGGAUGGGGUGGAAGGCACUCCUGUCUCUCGGGUAAGGACAGGGUGGUGUUGUGUGGAAGAAAGGGCGGCUGGCGAACUUGUUAUAGGUCCUGUUGAGAUCAGCUCUGGAGCCGUUAGGGCAGAAGGGAGUGUUACUGAGAGCCAGCUGGGGUACUGUGACAGAGAGGGACUGCGGACGCUCUGGAUGGUCCAAUAUGGAAGAAUCUAAGGGGAUUACAAGCUGUAGAAGAAACACAAACAGUCAGACGAUCCAUAAAUAGAUCUAAACAACAUAUUCUGACAUACAAAAACACAGAAUAAACGGUUUCUUUACCUUGAGUUGAGUUGCAUCCAUACAAAUGUCGACAUGUUCUUCGGCCUUGGUGCUGUCUUGCAAAUGAUAGAAAGCUUUGACUUGAUCCAGAGUGUGCAGCAGACCUCUGGAGAAGAGAUUGAUCCAUAGGAUGCUGGCUGGGUCCACACAGAACUGGAGGCCGUUCAGCUGAGCGUACAGGUUUGUUGUGGGCACUGGAAAAAAAGAGGGCAGAAUCAAGCUGAGGUGUGCAAUCAUGAAAUAUAUAGAGGUAAAGCAGACACACAGAUGUAAAUUAUACAAGUUUUAAAAAAGGGGGUUACACAUGUAUGAUACCUGAAACAGCGGGGUUGUCAGGAAAGUAGUAUUCAGUUAACUGCAGAUGAAUUGCUGGUACGUUGUCGGGCAAAUGCAGGGAUUUGCGGUUGCAGGACAGCAGUGACUGAGUCUUCUUGUUCUGGCGGCCUCUUGUAGAUACCUGGAAGUUGGGGUGUAGAGGUUAGAACAGAGCUGUGAUGAGGGGAAUGGUUUUUUCGUUUAUUUACUUUAUUUGAACCACAAAAAAGGAACAAGAAUUAGAGAUGAAAGUACGCGACAUAAAAACUGAACAGAACACCUGAGUCUAAAGAUGAGUCACUUCCUCUCACGACUUGAAGGUGGAAACCCAUAAAUGUUCUAGAUUUCCCCCUGAGUGGUUCUUGCUCCACCAAAUGCAGGACUACAAGAGCACUGAACCCAAAAUAACCCCAGAACUGUUACGUUUUUGAUGAUGUUGAAUGUAAAAAGUCCAAAGUAAAAAGAUCAGGGGGGUUUCUAAGCCUCAAAUGAAGUGACACAUGUGGGACUUCUUUCUAUCCCUUGUGAUAAAUGAGAUAAAAAAGAAGCCAGUGUUGCUCCAUGUGACUUCUGACAUUUGAAUAAGUUCUCAGGAAUUAUUAAAAGGCUGGGGUUUACAGUUAAUCAGAAUGAGGAGCUAUUAAUAGGCUGUGGUUCACAGUUAGUCAAUACUUCCACAAGUAUGCGUCUUCUCUUUUAGAAAUUCCCCUAAAGACAAAGUUGAUAUUUACACAUCAUUUCAUCGGCAUAAAAGAUCAGUAAUCUGAUCGACGGGCAACAUAUCGGAGAGUUUGGUUUGAAAGAGGCUUUUGUUCCCUCUGUAAGGUCUGUCAGGCAGAUGUCUGCAGGGUUUUCUAAUCUGACCCGCCUUUUUCUGGUUUGACUUGACCACAAGUGCUGAGCACACAUCAGCACAUGACACACAUGUCAGCUCGCUUCCUAACUGAGGAGCUGCUGCUCAGAGGGGGUGCUGAUAAGGAAUAUACUCCCCCUAUUUUUCUGCAAGCAUAUUAAGAGUCCAUGUCACUCAGGUUCCAGUCAGCAAUGAGACAAGUGGUUAGUGAUCAGACAUGCUUUGUACUCUUAUCUUUUUACCUCUCCUUAUUCUAUGAAUUUACCACAGUAGGACGUUGGUGAUGAUGUCUGACAUUUAACUUUUUAGAAACAUUUAAGUUUGAAAAUAUCCCCUUUACAGUUCUGUUUUAAAACAUUAACCAUUUUUGCUUUUCUUUAUAUGAUUAACAGUUUUCUGUUAGAAUAAUAUCUUUUGAACCAAACUUAAAUGGUUAUAAAUUAUACGUAUAUUCUACACACACAUAUGCUUAUUCUGUGUAUGUAGUCAGACAUAUAAAUAUCUCAAUUUUAAACUGUAAUAUAGCUCCAUGUACAUAACGGCUGUAAAUAACACUCGUGUCUAUAUCUUUUUAUAAAUAUAUAUAUAUAUAUAUAUAUAUAUUUUUUUUUUUUUCAACUCGCAAGUUUCUUCAUUCUUUCAUUUCUCUUUUGUAUUUAUCGCUGCUGUAAAUUUGGAAUUUCCCCUUGUGAGUCAAAUAAAGGAACGUCUUAUCUCUUAUCUUCAAUAAGCCCAAAAAAAAUGUGUCACAGACUUUACGAAUUCGGCACAGGAAGUUUCAGUUUAGUCAGAGGAUACUGCCUGACUGCUUUAGGCCCUCACACUUCUGCACAAAGUAAGGCAUGUGUCAGAGCAGGUCAGUCAGAUCAGCUGGUGAUUGAAGCUUACCUGGUGAAUGUUCACGUCAUCCAUCCUGACCACCACACAGCAGGAUCGCAGCCUCUUCAAGGAUGUUCCAGGAGGAGCUGCAGAAGAGUUUCUUCUGGAUCCGGACUCUGAGUUUGGGGGACUGGACUUGGGACUGGCAUGAUGAUCUAAAAGUGUGAAUAUAGAACAGAAAACAGUCUGUAAUGCACAGAAAUAAAUCACUUGAAGACGAGAGAAGUGAAUCUGUUUUCUAUUUGGGUCCAGCACUGAUGAUCAGAAGUAUCUGAAAGAUUAGGAUUUGAGUCUACAGCGAUGUUAUUGAGCUGUGCUUGGUUUGUGAUGGAGUUAAGGGAGGGAGUCGUAUCUGUGAUCAAAAAGGUAGUGGCCACCCCCAUGAUUAUUGUGUCGAGAUUACAGAGUAUUUGUUAGAGUAAUUAGACUUUGAGUGAGGGGCAGGCAAUAUAAGAUGUAUCUUGUCCCUGCUCCCUUCCAACUGAUAGAGAAGAAAUGUUGUGAUGUGUCAUGAUAUUGUCAAAUUGAAAAAUUGCUUUGGCUGGAAAGAAAGAAAGAAAGAAAGUGAGAAAGAAAAUAAGUAAGUUAGAAUGACAGAAAAAAAGAAAGAAAGAAAGUAGGUAAGAAAGUAAAUAAGAAAGUAAGUAAGAAAGAAUGAAAUAAAGAAAAAAAGAAAGAAAAAAUGAAAGAAAGAAAAACGAAAGAAAGAAAGUAAAUAGUAAGUAAGUAGGUAAGUAAAUAAUUAAGAAAGAAAGUAACAAAAUAACAAAGAAAGGAAGAAAGAAAGAGUAUUUAAAAUGUGCAACAUAGCCAUAAACCUCCAAAUACAAACAUGUAAAUGUGGUUCUUCUAACCCACUUAGUGUCUGCCCUACUUUUCCACCCCAGGUGAAAUGUUGGUGCUGCAGUUGUCAAACAGAAACACCCAGAAAUUACAGCAGCUCAUCCCUCAGGUUGUAAACUCUAAAAAACAGCCACACCAGGGCUGUUUAAUGCUCAAGUUUGUGGUGUGUAAAAUCAAAUGCCCCCCUGAUCUGCUGCAUCCCUUUGUACAGAGUUUGAAAUAUACUCUAGAAGCAACCUCAGCUCACAAGCUGUGCAUUGUUCACUUCAGGAAAUGGGUUGCACACAAGCCUCUCAUCACAAUGCAGACCCAGAGGCUGCAGAGGGAGCGUGCUGAUCGUGGCCUCUGAAGCAGCAGAGAGGUGUCCUUGUGAGUGAUGAAUCAUGCUUCACUUUCUGUCAGUCUGGAGGAUGAAUCAGGGGUUUUUGGGGGCUGCCAAACUCUAUCCACAACAAUGCACAGACGCUACAGAGCAUUUUAAUGGAGGAGUGACACUAAUGAUAAUCUGAGGCAGUUUUUGAAGGUUGAGGAAAACCUCUCUGCUUCAUGGUGAGUCAUCUUAAAGCUAAAUAACACAGAUAAAUGUGAUUUCAUUGGGGUUGUUUAGAUUAUUAUAACAUUUCUGGAGAAGGCUUUUGAUGUGCCCAGGAUCCAUACAUACACGGUGAGCAACAAUUUGCGUGCAGGAACUUGAUUGACCCCUACAGCGGCCCGACCUCAAUCCCACUGAAGGCCUUUGAGAGGAAUUUGAGGCCUGCCUCAGAGCUAGGCCUUCUCACCCAACAUCAGAGCCCGACCCCCACAAACACUCUUUUGUUUGCGUUAGCACAAAUUCACGCAGGCUCACACCACAAUGUUGUGGAAAGCCUUCUCAGAGGAGGAGGGAGGGGCUGUUAGCCACAAAGAAGGUCAAACUCUGCAUAAAUACUCAUAAUCAAGAAUAAGAUGCCAGGAUGAUCAGGUGUUCUGUUUUUGCUGACUAAUUUACUUAUAACAAUAAUGAGUCUUCAAACCUUGUUAGUAAUCACAGCCUCUUACCUGCACCUGAACUGUCAUGAGAGUUAUUGUUCGGCUGAGGCGUCUCAGUGUUCGGUCCAGGGAACCCGGAAGCCUCUGCUCUCUUCUGGUACUCCUGUAGCAGCUUCCCAGCCCACUGAAGCUGAGCCUCCAUGGCUCCACAGUGGCGUUCCCAGUGUCGACAUCCAUCAGCUGUAUUCAGCAACAAAAGGGUGAUAUAAUUCAGUGAUCAUUCAGGGAUUUAAUCAAACUCUAAAACCUCAAACACACUGUCAAUAGUCCAACAACUUCAAUUUUAAUGCAGCCAUUAAGUUUGAUUUAACAGUCUUUUCCCCUUUUGUUUGAUUGACCCUGAUAAGCUGCAGAGACAGCUCUGUUGUUCUGCAUUCUUCAACACUUCCACAAAUUCCUCAAAGAAUAAUGACGCUGGCACACACUCCCAGGCCAUUAGUCUGCUUGAACAGUAAUCCUCCUAACAGAGAGGCCUGAAUAAAUGCUGUGGUUAUAGCAGGAGCGGGACAGAGCCUCUGGGUAAGAUGUGGUACAGUUACAGCUGCACAAAGCUGGUCUCCACACUCACCAGGUCUGUGGAUGGGGUAGUAGUCAAAACCCAGCUUCUUGAAUGUCAGCUGCAUGGCACCUUGCAAGCCUGGAGGGGGGGACUCGUCUACCGAAAAAUCACAUAAUGACUGUUAAGAACCGGCUUAACUUUAAUCAUCCUUUAACAUCUAUCAACCGCUGUCUUCUCACCAAGUCCUUUGAGAACAUGGUUUAGGGUUCAACUACAACAAAAAUGCAAAAAUAUACUGAACAAAACUUGAUGAAACAUGCUGUUUUUUUGUAACUAACCGUCAUCCAUCGAAGAACUGUCAUUGCAUAUGUGCAAGUCCAAGCGGGAAAUGAAGGUGUGGUAGGAUGACUCCUUGACAUCAUAGAGAUCAAAGUAUUGGCUUGUGGUGUUGGGGGUGCAAGUGAGAGGAGGUGGGGGUUCUGUCCAAAGGCUGUGGAUUCCAGGGGAUGGGGGAGCAGUCUGUGGACAAAGACGGGGUACAAAAUAUUUAAAAACAAUUGACGAAAACUGUUUGAUUUGUCAGACUCAUGGAGGAAUAGUCUGGAGGUUGCCUAUCAAUCUAUGAAAAAAGCCAACACACUCUAUCUACAAUUAAUCUUAAAGCAUCAUUAAGAGAAACUUGUGUCGUCUGCCAACACAGAUCAUUAUCCUGCUUUGACCUGAUCUUUCUCCAACCAUUAAUAAGCAGAAGGUAAUCUGGACCUGUAAGGACUCCGCAGUCCUGCUCUUCCUCUGCUGGGCAGACUUCUCCAUGGCCUCGCUGAGAGAUUUGCUGUAAUGUAUGAUGGCUUUGAGCUGCGAGUCCGUCAGCACCCACAACAAGUCGUCCAGAAUGAAGAGUAGUUUCGAUGCCAAAACAUUGCAGUCCUUAAUCUGGAAAAAAACAAUGAAAUAUGAAACUCAUCGUUUGUCAUAUUAUUUGCAAUUUAGAUGAAUACAUUUGGGAUCGAAGGCGUACUCUGCGUUUUAGAGCGAUGCGAAUGCGACCCUGAUUGGUGAUGAGCCGUAACGGGGUGCUACCAAGGUCCUGGUCGUCACUCUCAAUUGCAUCUGCUUCUAUUCGUAGACUCUGCCAGUUGAUUUCUUUGAAUGUCAAAACCUUAUUACAAAUAUAAAGCAGAUGAAAUCAUGAAUGUGUGGUCAAACAAUAACAUUUAAAAUCAAACACAACGGAUGAAAUGGAGUUUCCAGCCAGUGUCAUCAAAGUUACACGUGCAGCAUCGUACCUCUCCUCUCUUUGGGUCGGUGAUGCGGGUGUAGCGGAGGUCACUGCGCUGCCACUUGGGAUUGAGGCUGUUGCCCUGUAGCUGCCAGAGCUCGAAAGAGGCGUGGAAGGCACGAGACUGCACCUUGAUGGUGAUGGAGUUGAUCCUAACAGACAUGCCCUCCACCACUUUCUCUGCAAAGCCGUACUCGCUGUAAAAACACGAUGGAGACAUGAGCAAAGGCUGUAUACGCCACAUCACGAAAAGUUAGUUUUCACACAAGACUGCUGCUGGCUUACCUCUGGCCUUCUGUAAUAGCUAUAGGAGAGGGACCAUUAGGUGGACGGGGCUCCUCACAUGUCCUCAUUUCUACUUCUACUUUAUCCAAAAACUACACAAAAAAGGAAACAACAGCACUCACGUCACUUCUCUGUUUAUCUUAGUCCACUUUUACACUUGUGCACCAAUGACAGCAAGGCAGAUGACAAAAUCCAAGAAGAAAGUCGGUCAGAAGGGGGGGAAAUAACAUCAUUCUUACCAGGCAGAUGGGGCUUGUUUUCAACUUUGUCCAUUGUAUCUAAAAAGAAAGAAAAACAAAGUUCAUAAGGUCAGUCAGAAGCACUUAACAAAGAAGCACUCCUUAUCUUUUACAGUGUAAGAAAUUAUUAAAACUGCCUGUGUCAUGAGGGAUUACACGUCUCAAAUCUUAAAGCUCUCAUCAUAGUAGCCCCUUCAUAUACAGCUGCUCUUUCAAAGGAUCUAAACACAAAGAGGAGCUUGUAUUGACCAAUAAAACUGAGCGAGAUAUUCUGGCUUCAUUUGGAGCAUUUUAGGGGUGUUUUCUAGACUGUCUCUUUAACUGAUACUGAACUGAUACUUCUCACUCCACUUUCUGACACUUGGAAAAGCUGUGGUAAAUUUUUAUAUCCUUCUCCUGCUUUGUGGGCAUCAACAAUUCUUUUUCUCAAGUCUAAACUGAAUUCUUUCGUAUUUGCCAUGAUGCCUUCUCAAAUGACAUCUCAAAUGCGUAACCAGGUUUUUAUACAGUGUGUUAAGUGUAGGACAACCCUUUGUUUUAACUUAAUUGAUUGAUUGAUGACGAGCUGUGAGCACUCUAAAGUGAAAGCACAUGAUUGCACAACACUGGUUUUUGUUUUGGCUCAAUGAAAACGUCAAUUCUUAAGGGGGCUAAUACUUUUGACCCUGGUAGAUUUUAUGAAAUAAUUUUGUUUCUGUGUGCAAAGUAAAAUAAUGUAAAGAUCCAGAAUAAAGCAAGGAUGUUUGGAAAAGCUGUGUAAAAAAAAUCAUUGAUCUGUUGAACAGCACUUAAAGAAUUUUGGGAAAAAAUUCCUAAUAAUUUUGGCCUCAACUGUAUGUAUCUAUGGAUGCUGUAAAGGACACACCUCAGGUACAUCAUAUAAAUCUUUCAAUACAUUUUAAUUUGAUACAAUUUGUCUGGAACAUUUUGUACUAUUGAGAUCCGGAAACACAAACCCAUCAUCCUGACAGCUCAGUGCACAGCAGCCAGUUUAUCUGAGGCUCGCUGUGGCCUCUGGCCUUUCGUGUCCCUCUGAAUCACUGCUUGCCUCUCUAUUAUCAACAACCAGUGUUGGUCUGGAGGAUCAAAACGUCUCUGGCAAUGCCUGUGGCAGUGCUUAUCUCUGUGUUACUGCCACUCCUCAUUUCAUCCAUGACCCUGUACACUGGAAAGCAGUGCUUCAAUAAACACAAACGCUUUGUUUGUUUUGGUGAUCACUGAAACGACAUAGAUUAUGAAGUGAUUCUAACCCUGCUUUGUGCGUUUAGGUCUAUUUGGAAAGGAGAGGCAGCCUCACCUGUCAGACCAGCUACAAAAUCAGGUUCGACUAGUCAAUGACGUACCCUGAUGGCGGCUCUGUUGCAGUAGACUCGAGUGACUGCCAGCCAUGUGGGCAGGUCAAGCAUGUUUUGCAGAACUUCUUCAUCUAGCUCCAGGUUGGAGAGCUGCCCCUCCCCUUUGAGCGUACUCAGAUUGAUCUUGUCCGGGGAAAGAUUCUUGGUGAACCUGGUGAGAGAAUGGAGUCAAAUAUAUAGUUAAAGGAAAACAAGACCCUUUUUUGUUCAUGAUUGCAACAACAUCAGUGGGUGGGGGAGGGAGAGGAUUAAUCAAAUACUUAUUAGGGAAACACCUGAUAUCAUCAGUAUACGUCACUGAUGAGCUGGCAAACAGAAACACACAGAAUUCAAUCACGCAGCCAGCAUAGAAGAAAACUAAUGCAGCUGUAUGAGUCAUCCCAGCAAACAGUGAAGGAAGCACUCAGCUCUCUUUCCCGUCUUAGCUGUCCUCUGUGGGUCUGCUAGUGUAACCUGGGAUAUCGGCUAAAACCACACAGGGUAAAUAUAGCAGCAAUCAAAGCAAAUCAAUUUGUUGAACAUUUUAAGCCCGCACACACCACAUGACCUAACGCUGUUCAGACAAAUUCCAAUUACAUGUCAGACAUCAAGCAUAAGAGACAGCAGAAAAGGCAGAUGACUGGAUGUAAAGUAUGACAGCAUGUUAGAUAAAUUGAGAACAUGUGCAUGGGUGCCAAUUUGUCUGUACAUUUCACAUAAUAACAUGCUGUACCUAAUUAGCCUAAGAAUCCAGUGACAGUAUCAAAGCUUCCCUUCAAAGCAGAGGAACAUAUAGCUGCAACACGUCCUCUAUUGUUGCUAAAACAGUCGCAAUUUGCCUUCAUUAGUUUUUUUCUAUAAUAGCACCUAUAUCCCGCUUCCUCUAUAAGCAAAAUGUCAACUGAAAAAUUAGUCUAAAGAGCAUCCAACAUUACAAAUUACACACUGGGUAUUCUAACACGGUUGUCAUUUUGUCAUCGACCUUUUAUUAUCGUUCAUGAUGUUCCACAUCAAAGCAAAGAUAACUGCAUUACCAUUAUUUCUAAAAGCAACAGUCAAAGCCAAUUACAAAGAUUAGUAUCGGAUUAAAUUAACAGACCUCCUCUUUAUUCUCUUUCCACAGCUUAUUCACAUUAAUAAAGAAUUCACUGUGCAAACUUUCUGGAAAGUGUAACUGUUUGGUUACAGAAUUAAAACUAAUGUGAAGUAAACCAUCCUGAAAGAUGUCAGUUUGAAUCCAACAACCCCACAGUGGUUUGAGAAGUGCUCUAUUGGUUUCAGUUUAUAAUAUCAUAGCAAAAGCAGGCAAGAAAACUGAUGGGAAAUUUGUCUGUUGUAUAAAUUAUUCUACCAAGAGUCCUAUAGUUAGAAAGAAAAAAAAAGCUUUGUUUGUUUGUUUUUGGUUUUGCACAGUGCAAGAUACAGCUGAUGAUACACCGUCUAUUUUCUAUCUACAGAACAAACCAUGACCAAUGUUAACAAGCAGUGCAUGCCAACCCUUGCAUGUCUGCUCAUCCACUGUCCACUCUUGUCCUGAUGUCGUAUAAAUUUAUUUUAAUUAUUCAGUGACAGGAACAAUAGCACGUAGAAGAACAUGAGUCCGUAAAUUGUGGGGACACUAACUGAUUCAUAGGACUGUCUUCUGUUUACUCCAGCAGGGGUAAUAAGAGGUCUUGUGAGUGCAUAUCAACAUUUCACUUUCACGUAAGAAAACUGUCAGCAGUGACAAAAAAAAAACUGCAAUCUGAAAGUAAAAUAUUACAAGGAGACAAAAUAGCAGGCCUAAUGUCUCCUGACAGAGCAGCAGCAUCACAUGUAAAAGGAAUGAGACCAGGUAUGAUGAAAAUGCUGCAGCCAGCCCUGGGGAAGAAACUGGAGUAUAUUUGGCCAUGUGUUGCCAUUUUGCAAGACAGGGUAAAUGUUGCUUUAAAAAAAGGACAAUGAUUGCACAAAAAAUUCAGGAGCAUUAGAGACUGUUAUAAAAAAACUAAUGCUUAUUUGCAUUCAUUAAGUCAUGUUCAAAAAUAGCAGUUCAAUACAACUGAACAAGCAAAGUCUCUCACGGGCUGGAGUCUAGGCUAUCAAAUCUAAAUAAAAUAGAUCCAGUUAGGAAUGAUUUAUUUUUAUAAGAACAUUUUUAUUUUUAGCUUCUUUACUUGGCAAAAUGUAAGAAGAAAUUAUUCUACACCAAAAUGGAUUCAUUUAAAUUGACUAAAAAAAUCUAGUACAACUGAAUACUAAAAGCCUUUGACUACAUAUUGACAUUAAAAAAUAUGUUGGGAUGCAUGAGCAAAGCUUUUCAAUGGUGAGGGAUACGUUAGGCCCACUAAAUCAAAUACAUUUGCUUUUAAAACCAAGCAUAACGUUAUAUUCUGUAACACUUAACAGAUGUAGCCACACAUAGAGUACGAACUCGCCGGGAUAAGUACUAUGAUAAACGUUAUUAGGUUAGGAGGUGGUGUGCUGCGUUCACUGUCCCUGUCAAGUCCCCCCAACGUCCGUCUUGUGAGACUGUUCAAACAUGUUAGCGUUCGGGCUAACGGCUUGUAAUCGCUGUGGAAAUCAAUGUAACCCAAAUACAAACUAACAACCGUCUGCUGGGGAACCUUAAACACAUCAUCCAGCUGAGCUAAUCUGCUAACACACAACCAAAAAUUACACUUACCUUGACAAAUGUUUGAGAAUUUGUUUUUUGAUAAUCCCGGCCAUUUCUGCUAGUGUCUGUAUUGUCACACUAACAGCGUUUGUCUCUUUAAAAUGAACAUUUACUAGCUCCCAGGCACCUCUAUACUGUACAUCACGCUAGCUACGAGCAUCUUUUAGCCGCCGCUGGUGCAGCUUGAGCUAACUGCUACCUCGCUAAACACCGGACAGCCGCUGACCCUCUUUCACACACUCACACGAACACACACAUACAUACAUGCAAACGUACAGGAACACACUCACACAAAAGCACGCAUAGGAACACACACUACUCCACGGUCAAAACACAGUGGCUUCAACGACACAAAGACGCCAUCUUGAGGAUAAUCGGGGUACAACAGCA